GUAACUUAAUUAAGUUGCGGAAAUAUCAGUAAUCAAACUGAUACAGAUUUUUAGUCAUAUUUACAGAAUAUCCAGAAACAAUAUUGUGUCAGUGGUACAAAUUUACAGAAAGCCUGUCUGCAUAAAACAAAUACUAUAUACAUUUAAUGAACUAGAUUUAUAGAUUGUAAAGCUGUAAGAGAGAGGAAACGGUAGGUACAGAAAAAAGUAACAGGUUUACAGAAGCUGGUCAUCAGGAGGAACAGACACACUCCCUUCACUUGGAUACUUGAGCCCUUCUGUUCAGACGACUGAGUUCCAGCCACUUACCCUUGGACACCCUUAAAUAAGGACCAUGUCAACAGCAGUUUCCUCCUCAACGAUGGACAGAGAGGGGGGCCUUGCAGGACUUGGCAAGAAGAACCCACUGGCUGGUCUACGCUGGAGGAGGUUAGAGGAGCCAUUGGGAUUCAUUAAGUUACUGGAAUGGCUGUUUGCUAUAUUUGCCUUUGGAUGUUGUGGGUCAUACAGUGGAGAGACAGCAGCAACUGUCAUGUGCAAGACAGAGACGGACUCAGACACAGAAAUAAAGCUCAUCUCAGUUCCCUUUGCAUACCCAUUCAGGCUGUAUCGCCAGCGCUAUGAGAUGCCAGCUUGUGAAGAUAUAGAAAGGCGUAUUCUCCACUUGACAGGGGAUUUCUCAGCCCCCGCAGAGUUCUUUGUUACCAUGGGAGUCUUUGCAUUCCUAUACUCUAUGUUUGCACUGGUCGUCUAUCUGCGCUUCCACGAAGAAUACACCAAAAUCCGCCGAGUGCCAAUUGUGGAUUUGUGCGUGACUGGUGCCUUUGCCUUUUUGUGGCUUGUGGCAGCUUCAGCUUGGGGGAAAGGACUGAUGGAUGUGAAGGUGGCCACUCAACCUUCCAACCUUGUCUCUUCAAUGCCUCUGUGCCAAAUGGAAAAAGCAACAUGCAAUGCUGGCUCUCAACCAUAUUUUGCACUUGCUAACAUUUCUGUGCUCUUUGGCUUUCUGAAUUUCCUUAUCUGGGCUGCCAAUGUAUGGUUUGUGUUUAAAGAGACCACAUUGAGUAAUAAACCUGCCUCCAAAGAGGAAUCUGCAGAGCGUGGAGAGGUUGAAGACCACCAGUGAUACCUGGCAAACAAAUUCCUGGGUUUCCAACAUCAACUCUUCCUCCUGAAAUUCUAGAAAUGAGCCCUCUCCUUUACCAGGCUUCAAAUUAUCAUUAUGAUCUUUUAUUUUUUGCCCUAACACUGUCCACUCUUUCAGUGAAUAUGAGUAAUAUUCCAAAAACAUACCAGUAUACAGAGGUGCUUAUUAAAACUGCUUAAUGUAGGGUUUAUUUGAAUCAUAUUUAAUACAGCCCAGCAUAUAGCGUAUUUUAUGUACGAGUAACCCAAUUUGUACCUAACCAUAGACACAAAUAAAAAAGCAGGGUUGAGCUUUUUAUAAUGCUGUUUAUAACAGUAUUUAUUUUUAAAUAUGUGCCCUACUGUAUAGGACAGUACUGAUCCAUAAUAUCCUUUCUUUUGGAAUUGCCUCCUGUCCUGUAACCUUAAUAACCUUUCUCACCUGUCCACAGUAAGAUGACCCAUCUAUCUCCAGUGUCUCUGGUGCUAUUUAUUAAAUAAAAAUAAAUACUCUACA